ACGCAUGCCUUUACCUCGGAGCGCUUUACGUCAGUUUGAGCAGGAACAGGAAAAUCUACGCUGACUGCAGAGCAGCCGGUGGAGUUUGAGGUCCUGGUGUCAAAGUGUGAAGCGGUGGAUGCAUCUUGAUUUUCUGUGUGUGUCACCGAGCUGCUAACAGGUGGUGUUAGGGCAUUCUGCCCGGAGAGACAACAUGUCCAAUGGGAAAGACACAAGUGCUGCAGAGAACUCCUCACAGAUGACCCUGAAAGAGAGCCUGGAUGAGUGUAUGGAGGCCUUGGAUCUCUUCCUUAACAACCACUUCAGUGAGAGCCUGGAGAGGCUGCGGCCAAGAGUGAAUGAGAGUAUGUACCACGCUCUUAUCUACGCCACAGUGCUGGAAAUGCAGGCCAUGAUGACUUUUCAGCCUGAUGACAUCAGCAACGCAGGAAAUACCAUGAAGAGUGCCCAGGAGGUGUGCCAGAGGUAUCGACGGAAGUCUCCAGGUUUGACUAACAAGUCAGUGGGAGAGUCACUCACUGAAGUGCAGCUUCAUGCUGAAGUGUGUUACGCAGAGUGCCAACUCCAAAGAGCUGCUCUCACCUUCCUACAGGAUGAGAACAUGGUGAGUUUUAUCAAAGGAGGGAUCAAAGUACGAAACAGUUAUUUAAUUUACAAAGAUCUGCAUUCCUUCAUAAAAUCUCACAGCUGUCUCAAAGGGCCGAGCCACGUCCACUUAGAGGGAGGAAUAUCGUUUGGAAUAGGAGCGUUUAAUCUGACGCUCUCUCUGUUUCCUCCACGGAUACUCAAAGUGUUGGAGUUUGCAGGCUUCUCUGGAGACAAGGAGUACGGUCUGUCUCUGCUGCACGACGGUGCGACGGGGAUGAAUCUGCGCUCCAUGCUGUGCGCCCUGCUGCUGCUCUGCUACUACACCUUUCUCACGUUCAUACUAGGAACAGGUGAGGGGGAAGUGGCUGAGGCUGAGAGGCUGCUGAAACCUUUCCGGCUCCGCUACCCACGGGGAGCGAUAUUCCUCUUCUUUGCAGGCAGGACUGAAGAGAUCAAGGGGAACAUUGAUGAGGCAGUGGCGCUCUUCGAAGACGGCUGCAAGGCGCAGCAGGCGUGGAAGCAGUUCCACCACAUGUGCUACUGGGAGCUGAUGUGGUGCUUCACCUACAAGCGAGCGUGGAAGAUGGCGUACUUCUACGCAGACCUGCUGAGCCAGGAGAGCCGCUGGUCCAAGGCCAUGUAUGUUUACAUGAAAGCUGCUUACCUCAGCAUGCUGCCUGAAGACGUGGCCCGGCCGUUUGGGGAGGACGAGGUGGAGCUGUUUAGACAAGUGCCGGCCUUCAAACAGAAGAUAGCAGGGAAGUCUCCCCCGACUGAGAAGUUUGCUAUCCGGAAAGCCAGACGCUACAAAGCUCACUGCCCGAUCAGGCUCCCAGUGCCAGUGCUGGAGAUGAUGUACAUGUGGAACGGUUUCAGUAUGAUCAGCAAACGACCAGAGCUGACUGAAGGCAUGAUGCAGACUCUGGUGGAGGCAGAGCGCACCCUGCUGGAGUCUCCUGACAAUGAGUAUUCAAUGGAUGACCGCUGUCUGAUCCAUCUGCUGAAGGGUCUGUGUUUGAAGAACCAGGGUCACCUCCAGGCUGCUGAGGAAUCCUUUGGCAAAGUGUUGUCCAGUGAAAAGAAGAUCAAGUUUGAUCACUACCUGGUGCCGAACUCUCUGGUGGAGCUCAGUCUGCUCUACAUAGACCAAGGCAGGAGGGACGAGGCUGUUAAACUGCUGCACAAGGCCAAACACAACUACAAAGAAUACUCGAUGGAGUCUCGCACACAGUUCAGGGUGCACGCUGCUCUGGCCAAACUCAAGGCUGACCCUGGAGACGAGGAGGACACUCACAUGUAGGAGGACAUUUCCAAACACUGGACUGUGUUUCCUCGACAGUCACGGCUGUUUUAGCUCGAUACCCAGUGUUUUUUAACAUAUAUCCAUUUUUACAAAGUGAGUGCUGGGUGUUUUAUCACUGUGUUCACGUCCACACUGACAUGUCGCUGGACAAAAGGUCUCACCUGUUUUACAGCAGCCUGUGCUUCCCAGACGAGGGACAGUGUACAUACGGUAGACGAUUUAUGUCAUGGACACUGUUUUUAUUUCACACUGAAAAUUAAAGAACACUUCAUUUUAAUC